AUGUUAAACUCAAUUCGCCCCUCAUACAAAGCAGACAAUGAUCCCGAGGUUCAUCCGCUGAAAUGUAUUUCGGACCUCGAGAAGCGCAUCACACGCAAGCUCGAUAUCCAUGUGAUGCCAUGGCUCUUUGGCCUCUGGCUAUUGGCCUUCAUCGACCGAAGCAACAUCGGUAAUGCGCGAAUCGAUGGGCUCGCCAAAGACCUGCACCUGGACGCGAACAAGUUCAACAUCGCCCUCGCCGUUUUCUAUGUGCCGUACAUCUGUUAUGACAUUCCGAGCAAUCUGGUCAUCAAGUAUUUUGGAGCAGGCUACUAUUUACCAACGCUCUUGAUUGCCUGGGGAAUUGUUUCCAUGUGUACCGGAUUUGUGAAGAGCUACGCAGGGCUCCUGGUCGCAAGAUUCUUCCUUGGGUUUACGGAAGGAGGGUUAUUGGGAGGAAUGAUUGUAUACCUCGCAAUGUUCUAUCCACGACAUCAGAUGCUGUACCGUAUCACACUCUUCUACUGCGCGGCGCCUCUGAGUGGAGCAUUUGGCGGGCUCCUCGCGACUGGGCUCGCACAAAUAAGUUCUGGUAGAUAUGUUGGAUGGCCCUUCAUUUUCUUUGUAGAAGGGGCCAUUACCAUCGCUUUUGGUAUCAUUGUGCUCUUCAUGCUGCCGCACACGCCAUCGGAUAUUAAAUUCCUUAGCCCGGAACAGCACUCCGCCUGUCUUGCACGUAUGCGGAUUGAUGCCCACGGAUCCAAUCCAACCUCAGACGUCAACCACGAAAAGUUCUCCUGGUAUUGGGUCCGACGUGCACUUCUAAAUGUCAACACCAUCGCCUUAUCCCUCAAUUUCUUCGCCAUCAUCACGCCCAUAUACUCCUACUCGCUUUUCCUCCCAACUAUCAUUAAAUCCCUUGGGUAUACCGCCGUCAAAGCACAACUUCUCACUGUUCCCCCCAAUAUGGGUGCCUUCUGCAUGGUCCUAUUGACGGGGUGGUACUCGGAUAAGUUACGCGUUAGGGGUCCUCUCAUGUUGGUUGGAUGCUCGAUUGCAAUUAUUGGGUAUAUCAUGUUAAUUGCAUCAAAACAUACUCUGACUCAAUACGGAGGCACGUUUCUCGUUGCUGCUGGAAUCUUCCCCUGUUCUCCUCUCGUUAUGGGCUGGCUUUCGAAUAAUCUUGCACCGCAUUAUGUCCGAGCAACUGGAAUGGGGUUUCAAAUUAUGAUUGCGAAUAUGGCCGCGUUCAUUGCCACCUUCACUUAUCUGCAAAAAGAUGGGCCUAGGUAUACUACUGGACAUGCAAUCAACAUUGGCAUGCUUUGUUUCUCUUUAGUGCUCUCAACUUUGAAUAUCGUGUAUUGUAAGUGGGAGAAUCGUAAGCGAGAGACCGGUGAGCGCAGCUAUCGACUCGAAAAGGAGGAUGAAAAGAUGCUCGGAUAUCGACACCCAAAUUUCAAAUACACAACAUGA